ACUCUGACCUCGGCUGCUCAUGUCUGUCUGCAAGAAGCUGAUCGGAAAGAAUCAGAGCCACAAGAUGAAUGGUUUCGUAGGGCUGCGUGUUCUUUCCAUUCGCAGCUUCACGCUCCACGCGGGGAUUUCCGCGGUCUCGGUGGUUUGAUACCGUCUGUCAGAGCACUGACACAUCUUUAUGUGCCACCGUUUCGUCGACAUUUGUUUUGCUUUUAAGCCAGUUAGCAUUUAGCUUGCUAGCUUGAGUGAGCGCCCACGGUGCUGAUCUUACUCGUCGCUGUCAUGUCGGAAUCGACUAUAACGACGGUUUAGAGCAUCUUAAGCGAUGUGUGUUAGGUAACAGUUGUAUAGCUGCUGAUGACAAUAGUUGGUUAGCCUGGUAGCUGCGUACCUUGUCAAACAGCGCGUGGAUCAGCUGACAGGCAAGUUUGUUUUAAUCUCAACACAGGAACCCUUUAACAACUACAACAACGACGAUGGCAAACGUGACAGAUCUUCAGACUAAAUAUAGCAAACUGGCUCAGGAGUACUCGAAGCUCCGUGCCCAGAACCAAGUGUUGAAGAAGGCUGUCGUAGAUGAACAGGCCAACUCCACUUCCCUAAAAGACCAACUCAAGCAGAGGGAACAGAGCCUGAGAAAACAGGAGCAGGAGAUGGACAGUCUCAGCUUCAGAAACCAGCAGCUGGCCAAAAGGGUGGAACUGCUUCAGGAGGAGCUGGCUGUUAGUGAAGCCAAAGGCAAAAAGGGCAAGAGUAAAGUGGACUCUCCGUCUCAGCAUGUCAGGCAAACCCAGAGUGUUUUUGAUGAAGAUUUACAGAAGAAAAUAGAAGAAAAUGAGCGACUUCAUAUUCAAUUUUAUGAAGCAGAUGAACUGCACCGGAGACAGGAAGCUGAGAUGAAAGCUCGACUGGAGGAGCUGGAGAAAAACACGGAGCAGCAUCAGUCGGUCGUGGAUGGAAUCACCAACAAGUUUACCCAAACAAUUGAUAAGUUACAGAGUGAUAAGGCACGAUUGGAGGUAAAAGCACAGUGUCUGGAGCGAGAAGUGAAAGACUGCAGAAUUCGAACAGAGGAAUGCCAGCAGCAGUUGAGGCGGUGCCAGGCCGAGCUCAAUAGACAGUUGAAACAGAGCAGCAGUGUGAUCCAGGAGAAAGUGCCUUUCAAUGACACCAAAUUUAGUGAUUAUAACAGCCUGAAUGUGCCACCACACAAUCGACGGCAUCAGCUCAAAGCACGGGAUGUGGCAGGUCAGGCGCUGGGUUUCAUUCAGGACUUGGUGGCUGCCCUGCUCAACUUCCACUCAUACACCGAGCAGAGAGUUCACAUCUACCCCCUCGACUCCUCCAUUGAGCCCAUCUCUCCUCUUAACCAAAAGUUCGCUCAGUAUCUGCACGAAAAUGCUGCCUAUGUGCGCCCCCUGGAGGACAGCUUUAUGCAGCUAUACCAAAGCAUCACAGAAGAAACAGUCACAGCAUUGGAGACUGUGGUGGAGCUGAAGAAAUUUACGGAGCAUUUCUCUUUGUACACCCAUUUCCUUCAAAAGAUCCUUCCAUACCAGCUAAAAAGCCUGGAUGAAGAGUGCAGGACUCCUCUGUGUACAGCUGCUCUGGCAGCGAAAAACCAGGAGAUCAAAAAUGACAUGAGGAGAGUAACAGCCAUGUUUGACAAAUUGCAGAACUACAUGAGCCUUCUAGCCUUACCCAGUGUCAGACAUGAUGCUGUGCCUCAAAGCAGCAUCUCCACUGUCUUUACCCAACUGGAUGGUUGCCUGCACAGUCUUCACGACGCCAUUAAAGAGAUGUCAAAGCACUACAAUCAAAAGGCCAGCUUGGAACAAGAGCUCCCUACGGUCACACAGAAACUCUCUACCACCACAGAGUGUCUCCUGGGAUCUCUGAGCUCGCUGAACAGCUGCACUGGCAAGAUCGCCACAUUCUUCAGCAACAACUUGGACUUCUUUACCACGUCAGGUUACAGUCCAAAAGGGGGCGCUGUAGCACUCAACCCCGUGCAUGCUGCAACUAUGCUGUCUAACAAGAAGAGGGCAGCUGCUUAUAUUCGUGCAAUCACAAAGCCAAGGCCUCCGUCGGUCCCAUACCAAGAAGCUUUAGCGAAUCGCCGCAUUCUUACGAGCUCCACAGAGAGCAGAGAAGGUCUCACACAGCAGGUGCAGCAGAGCCUGGAGAAGAUUUCCCGUCUGGAGCAGGAAAAGGAGCACUGGCUCCUGGAAGCUCAGCUGGGGAAGGUGCGCCUGGAAAAAGAGAGCCAACGCAUUGCAGACCUGGAAGCACAGCUUGCCGCAGCCCUCGGUGGAAGUCCAAACCCACAAACGGUUGCAACAGCCAGCACACUCCCCCAGAAUGUGGAAAUAGCAGAGGCAGAGCAGAACGUUGCUGGGAAGGAGACUGUGAUGUGCACCAGCCUGGUCGGGAUGUUGUGCACUCUACCAACAAGUGAAAAUGUGGGUGACGAGGAGUCCAGGGAGCAGCUGAUAAAGACGCAUUACAUGGCGCGAGUAGGCGAGCUCACCACUCAGCUGCAGAUUUCUGACAGCAAAGCCGUGCACUUCCACUCUGAGUGCCGUGCUUUGGCCAAGAGGCUGGGCAUUGCUGAAAAAGCCAGAGAGAGUCUCAUGGAGGAAAUAAAACUGGCCAAUCUCAACAUUACCCGCUUGCAGGACGAACUGACAACAACUAAACGGAGCUACGAGGACCAGCUUAGCAUGAUGAGUGACCACCUGUGCAGCAUGAACGAAACGCUGAGUAAACAGAGAGAAGAAAUCGACACGCUGAAGCUGAACAGUAAGGGAAAUGCCAAAAAGAACAAAGGUCGGUAAACCCCCCACAAAAAUGCGCUCCACAUCAGGAUCCAGGCAGCGGAGCUCUCCAGUAUCUGGUACCGGUCUCACCAGAUUAGAAAACAGAGCCAGAGCUGCAGGAUGUCAAAAACAAACAAGCCGCUCAAGCACUGCACCCUGUUCGACCAAGGACCUCUUCUUGCCAUUUCUGAUGUCACUGCUCCAGUUCUGUGUUAAACUUCCCCGGAAGCUGCUGCCUGACCUUGUGGCUCAAACAGGAUGGGAGAGAACCAUCUUCCCCUGACAGACACAGAGCAAACAAGUCUUUGAGAUAAUGAUAUUGAAGUGGAGACCAAACGCUGUUUAUCAGUGUGUGUGCUUUUCUUCUUAACGUGUGUGUGAAGAAAUACUUUCCCUGCUUAUUUGAAAGAUGCCUGGAGUCCACACGGCUGUGUGUCUCUGCCGAGUGUUGUCAUACUGUGAGACUGUGGCACCAAACUAUUAACAUGUAAAUGUUGUUUACACUAUGAGAUUUUAAAUGACUUCCCUUCGAACACAUGCACGUCGGAAUCAUAGCAGAGAAGGGCUUUAUAAUCCUCAACUAGCAAAGACACUUGAAUCCAUUCCUCGUCCUGAAAGUGUUUCCGGUCUGUAUGGGUUUCACAAUGGACUUCUGCCCUGAGGCACUGAUUUACUUGGGAGGAAGCUGGACGUGUUGGAGCUUGAAAAACGAAAUGAUUCAUCUAUGUAAUGUUUCAUUUGUCCUUUUUAAUCACAAAAGCUAAACGUUCGUGACACUGCUGUCUGUGAGUUACAAUAGUACACGUAUAAAAGUCAAUGUGAGUCUAACAUUUUGGUGUAUUCUAUGAUCUGUACUGGAGUUGGAAAUGUGGGAACAAGAUGGUUGACCAGACUGAUUAUCAUUGGCUCCUC